GGAUUACGCAUAGUGCGGGUUUUGACGGCCUUGAAUAUAAAAGGAAUGAACACUUUGGCAUCAUACCUUCUCCCGCCGGCCUCUCGAACUCAUUCUCUCAGCUUAUCUCUCAUUAACGCUACUCCAUUUCAUUUCUCUAAUUUGCUGCUUUGAGCUUCUGUAAUUCUGUUUGGCCUAUGAAAUUAGACAGAUAUUCCGAAGACAAAUUGUAGUAGACGAUUACUUGUGACUCGAACACGAUCUGUAUCAGCUAUGGAAAAAGAUCAGCAGCAUGAAGAAGACAAUGUAGCUAGUCUAAAGCAACAAUUGGCAAAACUUUUCGAAGUUUCACUAAAGAUAGUAGUCCCUGAUGAGUCAGAUUUAGAACCUCUGAUUGCUGCUUGUAAUCCAAAAUUUGGUGACUACCAGUGCAAUAAUGCCAUGAAUGUAUGGGCUAAAAUAAAAGGCAAAGGCUCAUCGUAUAAAGGUCCACAGCCUGUUGGAACGGCUAUUAUGUCCAAUCUUCCUCCAUCUGAAAUGAUUGAAUCAACCAGUCUAGCUGGACCUGGCUUUGUUAAUGUCAAGUUGUCAACACAAUGGAUAGCCAAGAACAUACACAAAAUGCUGAUAAGUGGUAUUGACAUCUGGGCACCAAGGCUUCCAUUAAAAAGAGCUGUGGUGGACUUUUCAUCACCUAACAUUGCUAAAGAAAUGCAUGUUGGACACUUGAGAUCUACUAUAAUUGGAGACACUUUAGCCCGUAUGCUUGAGUUUUCUAAUGUUGACGUUUUGCGUAGAAACCAUGUUGGUGAUUGGGGAACACAGUUUGGUAUGUUAAUUGAACAUCUUUUUCAAGAGUGUCCAAACUGGGAAGAUUCAGGCGAUCAGGCUAUUGGAAAUCUUGAGGCCUUCUACAAGGAAUCUAAGAAAAGGUUUGAUAGUGACCCUGAAUUCAAGGAGAGGGCACAACAAGCAGUUGUCAGCCUUCAGGGUGGUGAAGAGAAAUAUAAGAAAGCAUGGGCACAAAUAUGUGAGAUCAGCCGAAAAGGAUAUGAAAAGGUUUAUGAGCGGUUAGAAAUCAGUUUGGAGGAAAAGGGUGAAAGUUUUUAUAAUCCCUAUAUUCCUGGAGUUCUAAAGGAACUUAGUGAUAAAGGUUUAAUUGAAGAAAGUGAGGGUGCUCGAGUGAUCUUUAUUGAGGGGAAAAGUUACCCUUUUAUUGUUGUGAAGAAGGAUGGUGGUUUCAACUAUGCUUCUACUGAUCUUACUGCUCUUUGGUAUCGUCUUAAUGAAGAAAAGGCGGAAUGGAUCAUUUAUAUUACUGAUGUUGGCCAAAGAGAACACUUUGAAAUGCUAUUCACGUCUGCCAAGCGUGCAGGUUGGCUUCCAACUGUGGCUAACAGUUACCCUAAAGUUAGCCACGUGGGAUUUGGACUUGUUCUUGGAGAUGAUGGAAAACGAUUUCGAACUCGAAGUACAGAGGUGGUUAAGUUAGUUGAUUUACUUGAUGAAGCUAAGACUCGCUGCAGAGCAGCUUUGGUUGAACGAGGUAAGGCUGAAGAAUGGUCAGAAGAAGAGCUUGAGCAGACUGCUGAGGCAGUUGGUUAUGGGGCUGUUAAAUAUGCUGACUUAAAGAACAACAGAUUGACAAAUUACACAUUUAAUUUUGAUCAGAUGCUGAAUGAUAAGGGAAAUACUGCUGUAUAUUUGCUGUACGCUCAUGCUCGAAUUUGUUCUAUCAUUCGGAAGUCUGGUAAAGACAUAGAGGAAUUGAAGAAAACAGGAGAGGUAGUGUUUGGUCCCCAAGAUAAAAUUGAAGGAAGCUCUGAGCGUGAAUUGGGGCUUCAUAUACUACAAUUUCCCGAGGCUGUUGAGGAAGCUUGUAUCAAUCUGUUGCCAAAUGUGUUGUGCGAAUACUUGUACAACUUAACAGAGUUCUUCACCAAAUUCUAUACAAAUUGCAAGGUUGUGGGGUCUGAUGAAGAGACGAGCAGGCUUUUGCUAUGUGAAGCAACAGCAGUAGUGAUGCGAAAGUGCUUUGAUUUGCUUGGAAUUAAACCGGUCUACAGGAUAUGAGGAUAUUUUAUAUUAAAUGUCAUCAGCAGCAGGCAGACAGGUAACAUAAUAGAAUAUUUAUAUUUUGGGCCGAGAGAGCGGUUGAAAGACAUUACUGUUUAUUUUAUUUAAAUUUCUUGAUAUUUUUGUUGAAGUGUUAUUAUAACCAUCACUCUGAAAAAUCAUUGUUUACAUUUUAUCCUUUAUUUCAGUGGCUUA